AUGUCUUUGACUCCUCAAAGCCCUAAAUCGGUCCAAUCUGGAAAUCUGGUGUUACAUUGUGAAAACGGGAUGUUACAUUGUGCGACUCCUGCCACAGAAUCAACUAAAAGAAUGGAUAACAAUGUUUUACAAAAUAUAACUUUUCUGCAUGUACAUCUUGAAUAUCUCACUUUUCCUGUAAUAAUACUAGACAACCCAAAUCUCGGUCGUGAUAAUAACUUCAAGCAUUCUUCUUUUGACGGUGUGGAAGGAGUGACAUCCACCCAUUCAAAUAUCUAUAGAGCGGGUGAGAAUACCGAUGAGAUUGCUGGCCACAGGCACCGCCAACGCCACAGGAGCCUCUGUUUCAACGUUCCAGUUCUAAAAGGAUUUAUUCCAUCAGAAGAAAGAAAAAUGAAUCACUGUGGAAUCCAUCAAAACACCACCUUUGCAUCUUCCCGCGAAGAAAUGAGAAGCUCCGUUUCACUUUCCGUAACCUUCGGCAACGGCGAGCCGAUGGUUUGUCCAAAGCCAAGACGCCUCGGUCUCUUCUCCACCACCAACGACUCCGUCAGGCCUCUGAGAUGGCAGAUGUGUUAUCAAUCGGAAGGCUACGAAUCGAAAGCCGGACCUGAACUGUUGGACAUCAUCUUCGCAAAAGGUGGUGGUUACGGCGGAUCAUCGGAGCAAACAUGUACACAGAUAGCCUCGUCGCCCCCUUUUUUCAGUGGGUCACCGCCGAGUAGAGUUUCUAACCCACUAAUUCAAGACGCCCUGUUCGGAGACGACAAGGUCUCUCCGGUGUCACCACGUUCAAUGAUCCCCAAUCCUUCAUCUUCCGGUAUGUCAUCAUCUUCUCCUUCAUCUUCUUCCGCAAGAAAAGGUGGAUGUCUUCGCGCCAAUUUUGGUAACAAACCGGCGGUCAGGAUUGAGGGGUUUGAUUGCCUCGACAGGGACAACCGCCGCAAUUGCAGCAUCCCUGCCCUCGCCUGAAAAAAUCAAACCCUAAAAAGUUCCGAAAUCGAAAUCCAUACAAAGUACAUAAAAAAAUCAGAUAAAUUCAGCAACCAGUUUAAAUUCUAGCAAUUUUGAAGACAUGAGAGAGAUACAUGAAGCAGAUUUGGUUACUUUUAGUGUAAAUAGGAAGAAGGUCUGUAAUCUGUAUGUAAUUAAUUAGAAGUUAAUCGUUAAAAAUAAUGGGGGAAAUUGGAGAAUGGAGAGUGAGGGAGUUUGUGAUGAUGGUGUUUUUGUUUGGUUAAAUUUACGGUUUUACCCUUUUGGUGAUGAUUUGUAAGUAUAGAAGAAGAUCAAGAGAAGGGUAAUUACCAAAAGUUGAAGAAUUCUUUUUGGUGUUUUUUAUUAUGUAAGAAUUAAGAGGAGUGAGAGAGAGAGAGAGGAUAUUGCGACUUUAUGAAGAGAAGAAAUUUGUAUAAAAUUGUAAGGUCGCAUAUCGAGGUCGAUCUUUUUAUUUGUAGCAUUUUGAGAUUGUAAAUAUGAAUAUGUGAUCUUUUUUAUGAAGGG